GCUGGACUCGGGUGUCAAUUACAAGAAUAGCCGGACCGGGCCCGUUCCGACCGAGCGAAAACCCUAGACGAUAUUCUUUAAAACUUCCCCCUAACCCUUUUCCUCACUUUUCCCUGCCAGUCUCUCCUUCCCGCCUCUGUGUUCGAUUUCCCUAGCAGAUCCGCGAAAAUGGGUUUCAAGAGGUAUGUGGAGAUUGGGAGGGUGGCGCUCAUCAAUUACGGGAAGGAUUACGGAAAGCUCGUGGUGAUCGUCGAUGUCGUUGAUCAGAACAGGGCUCUUGUUGAUGCUCCAGAUAUGGUGAGGAGCCAGCUGAACUUCAAGAGGCUUACACUCACCGACAUCAAGAUUGACAUCAAUAGGGUUCCCAGGAAGAAGACAUUGAUUGAAGCGAUGGAGAAAGCAGAUGUUAAGGGCAAAUGGGAGAGCAGUUCCUGGGGAAGGAAGCUCAUUGUUCAGAAGAAGAGAGCCUCACUCAAUGAUUUUGACAGGUUCAAGGUCAUGUUGGCUAAGAUCAAGAGGGGAUCACUAGUCAGGCAGGAACUUGCAAAACUCAAAAAGGAGUCUGCUUAGAAAAUUUCACCUUUCUUUUUAAGUUAGUAGUUACAUGCCCUUUACUUUGUGGCUUUUUUCAGCACUUGGCAGUUUUGGCUGUGUCUUCACCCCAAUGUAAGCAUGAUUUGUACUUUAGAUUGAGAUAGCGCUUUUGGUAAUUCAAAGAUCAUGUGGAAUGCAAGUAAUCGCUCAACUUGUUAUAUUUCCUAUACUUGACCAACGGGUA